CGCAUCGUGGGCGUUACACUUUAUCUAAUUACUAACGGGAGAUUAUUAAUAAUUGGGAACCAAUAUCCCAAACGGAUUAUUUAUUCGAACCGUGAGCGUUAGACCAACAAUGGAUACGUGCCAUUCUUUGGUUAAGAAAUAAAGCGGCAACAUUAAUCAUCCAAAUAGAAAAAUAUGUGUUCCACCGCGCGACCCAUGUGCCGUGCGAGCAGACGUGAGUUGACGGGACGCAUCCGAGCAGUCCUCCGUGUAGGCAGACCGGGAGGCGUGCGUGCAGGUGUGGGAAUUGAAGGAGGUGUGCUCACUGCGUAAUGUCAUCGGGGGGCGUGCGAGUAUGUUGUGUGAAACUUUGGUAGGCAUGUUAGCAGUCCGGCGCGCAGGCUCACCAGGAGGCGAGCCAUCGGUUUGAACGCCGCCCGCCUCUCUCCCACAACUCCCACUACUCCAUAUUAAUGGUGCGCCCAAGCGGUCGCACUCCCCAUCCUCGUCACACACACAAUCCUCUCUAUCCGCUUGCAUCCUUGACGCCGAUCUCAGUCCUCAAUGCCGUCAGUGUAUGAGGAUGCCGCCGAAGCACCCCAUCAGAGGGAGUGGUGACGCCGGGGCUACUAAAGCACCGGAGCACGACGUGGAGAUGGAGACAGAGGUUGCCGUCACCGCCGACGAGUUAUCGCUGCACCCUGACGUCGUCGACGGCGUCGAGCUUCCACAGUCGGAGGCGGAGUUCCACACCGACUCUGGUGACGACCCCGGCGACGAUUCCAACGACGACAGACAACUGGUGUUAUCUGACGAUGUGGACAGCAAGGAUGAAGAUGGUCAGAGGAGGUACAGGAGGCAAAUCCUGAGGGAGCUUUAUGCGGGAAAGCAUAACAGGCAUAUUAGGACCUGGAACAGCGGCUAUCGAUGCCAAUUUUGCAACCACAAGCUUCAUGACGCGUAUCUAAGUGUUCUAGCGCAUGCAAGAGGACGGGCCGUUGGCUCCUUCAAGCAGAAGUAUUCCCGCAGGAUGGCGCAAGGUGCGUACGCCGAGUACCUGGAGAAGGUUCAGGAUCGUGCGGGCAUGUGAGAUGAGAUGUGGGAUCGAACUAUGUACGCUUGAGUAUGCUUAAUGA